AUGCAAGUGGUGAAGCCGGUCCUACUCGCAGAUAUCGGUGAAGGAAUUGUCGAGUGCGAGAUCAUACAAUGGUUCGUCGAGCCUGAGGCGCGGGUGGAAGAAUUCUCUCCGUUGUGCGAGGUACAGAGCGACAAAGCCUCCGUCGAGAUCACAAGUCGCUUUGCGGGUGUCGUCAAGAAGCUGCACUAUGAUGCGGGUGACAUGGCCAAAGUCGGCAAGCCCUUCGUAGACAUUGACAUACAAGGAGACGCCAAAAAAGAAGACCUGGAGGCAUUGACGGCGCCGGGGCCCUCGCAAGGCCAGGGGGGGUCAUCAGAACCACUCAAUACCGAGAGUCUGAGUAAGCCACCCGAGAGCCAAAAGAUCGAGACUACCAGCUCGGAGGUGAAUUUGGCCGCCGCAGGCGAGGCGGAAGCAUCAAAGAAAUCGAAUGGCAAACAUGCUUCUCUUGCUACGCCUGCAGUGAGGCACCUAUUGAAAGAACUCGACGUGGAUAUCAUGGACGUACAAGGCACGGGUAAAGAUGGUCGUGUGCUAAAAGAGGAUAUAUACAAAUUCGUUGAAACCCGCAAGUCUGGCAGCACUGCCUCAGCGUCCCGGGCACCUUAUUCAACGCAACCACCGGCAGAAACUGACACUGCCGCGCAGUCAGAAACAAGUGUCCAGCUCACAAAUGUUCAAGCACAGAUGUUCAAGGCCAUGACACGCUCGCUCAAUAUUCCACACUUCCUAUACACUGACGAGAUCGACUUUUCCCAAAUUCAUGCGCUUCGGACCCGUCUCAACAAGGUCCUGGCGUCAUCUCCUGAAGGCGACAUAGCAAAACUUUCCUACCUCCCCUUUAUCAUCAAAGCCGUCUCGCUGGCGAUAUAUCAGUACCCAGUCCUCAACGCGAGAGUGGACAUCGACAGCACGACGCGAAAGCCGAGCCUCGUGCACCGAAGCCAGCACAACAUCGGCAUCGCCAUGGACACACCGUCCGGGUUGCUGGUUCCGGUCAUCAAGAACGUUGCGUCUCGAAACAUCCUUUCCAUUGCUUCGGAGCUCGCGCGGCUGCAGGCAGCAGCAAACGCCGGCAAGUUAUUUCCGCAGGACCUCAGUGGCGGCACCAUCACGGUGUCUAACAUCGGCAACAUCGGCGGCACCUAUCUAUCGCCCGUCAUCGUGGAGAAGGAAGUCGCCAUUCUGGGCGUCGGCAGGAUCCGCACGGUGCCGGCCUUUGACGAGAACGACGAGGUGAUCAAGAAGCAGGUUUGUAACUUCAGCUGGAGCGCCGAUCACCGUGUCGUCGAUGGCGCGACCAUGGCGCGGGCCGCCGAGGUCGUGAGGAGGGUUGUAGAAGAACCAGACACCAUGCUUAUGCACCUGCGGUAG